UUUAUUUUGGCUCAGCCACUCAUUUGUCUCGCUGUCGACGCCAUUAAACAACACGGAGGCUAUGUAAACCAUGUAAUGUCGCAUAUUUAUACCAUGAUUCAAGGAGUACAGAGGCUUUGCCAACGUGGGGUUUAUUCUGCGAGAGCUUAAUGUGUCUAUAAAGAUAAACAUGUGAGACACCGAAGAGGUCGAAAUAACUCUGUUUGGGAAAGGUUUGAUAGAGCUGGAGGAGGGGGACUGUACAUAGGGUUUGUUGUGGUUUUCAGUUUCAGCACUUCAGAAACAGGCGCAGCCGCGAAACGUUUAACCAUCCAAAGUGAUCAACAAUGACAGAACAGAAGAUAAAGUGGGCCUGUGACUACUGCACAUAUGAAAACUGGCCAUCUGCAGCCAAGUGCACCAUGUGCCGUGCACAUAAGUCAAGGGGUCCCAUCAUCACAGAGGAGCCUUACAAGAACACGCCUGAUCUGGACCCUAGUCCAGGAUGGGACCCUCCCAGAACUGAGAGUGGUAGCCACCUCCUCAUAUGUCCUGACUCCAGCGCUCGGCCGAGAGUCAGGACAGCCGGGAUGGCUGAGAUUGCCAACAAGUGGUCCUGCCAGAUGUGCACCUACCUGAACUGGCCCCGAGCGCUCCGCUGCACACAGUGCCUGUGUCAACGGGCGAGGACCAGCAGCCCCACAGAGACCCCCCAGACUUCAGGCUCCAAUGCAGGCUGUCGUCCCGCUCUCCACUCCCCUGUGGAUCCCUGUGAGGAAUACAAUGACAGAAACAGACUCAACACUCAUCAGCAGCACUGGAUAUGUACAGCUUGCACUUACCAGAACUGGCCCACUACUGCAAAGUGUGUGGUGUGUGACAGCCCCAAGCCCAACAACCAGGAAGCCAUAGAGCUGGGCGAGUCUGCAGAUCCAACACCUAUGAUCAAUAUCCAGGACAGGGCUCGGUGGAGGGGCAGCUGCAGUGGGGGCCAGGGCCAAAGGAGGUCCCCUCCUAUGCCCAAGAGGGAAGACAAUGUCAAAAUGGACUUCCAGAGGAUAGAGCUUGCAGCUGGAGCCAUGAGCAGCAGAGACGAGCAGGAGGUUGACUUCAAGAAGCUAAAGCAGAUUAGAAACCGAAUGAGGAAAACAGACUGGCUUUUCCUCAACGCAUGCGCUGGCGUGGUGGAGGGAGACCUGGCAGCGAUAGAAGCCUACAAGUCGUCGGGCGGAGACAUCGCCCGGCAGCUCACUGCAGACGAGGUGCAGCUCCUCAACCGCUCCUCUGCCUUUGAUGUGGGCUUCACGCUGGUGCAUCUGGCCAUCCGCUUCCAGAGGCAGGACAUGCUCGCCAUCCUGCUCACAGAGGUGAACCAGCAGGCGGCGAAGUGCAUCCCGUCCAUGGUGUGUCCCGAGCUGACGGAGCAGAUCCGCAGGGAGAUCGCUGCCUCACUACAUCAACGCAAAGGAGACUUCGCCUGCUACUUCCUCACUGACCCCGUCACCUUCACCCUGCCUGCAGAUAUAGAAGACUUGCCGCCUGCUGUCCAGGAGAAGCUGUUUGAUGAGGUUUUGGAUCGAGAUGUGCAGAAAGAGCUGGAGGAGGAGUCUCCUGUCAUCAACUGGUCUCUGGAGCUGGGCACCCGGCUGGACAGUCGUCUGUACGCCCUGUGGAACCGCACGGCCGGGGACUGUCUGCUGGACUCGGUCCUGCAGGCCACCUGGGGGAUCUACGACAAGGACUCUGUCCUCCGCAAGACCCUGCAUGACAGCCUGCACGACUGCUCCCACUGGUUCUACACGCGCUGGAAGGAGUGGGAGUCGUGGUACUCGCAGAGUUUCGGUCUGCAUUUCUCCCUGAGAGAGGAGCAGUGGCAGGAGGACUGGGCGUUCAUCCUGUCUCUGGCCAGCCAGCCCGGGGCCAGCCUGGAGCAGACCCACAUCUUUGUUCUUGCACACAUUCUUCGCAGACCCAUCAUAGUCUACGGAGUGAAAUACUACAAAAGUUUCCGUGGGGAAACGUUAGGAUACACUCGAUUUCAAGGUGUGUAUCUGCCUCUGCUAUGGGAGCAGAGCUUCUGCUGGAAGAGCCCCAUCGCCCUGGGAUACACGCGGGGCCACUUCUCUGCCCUGGUGGCCAUGGAGAACGACGGCUACGACAAUCGCGGUGCGGGCGCCAACCUCAACACCGACGACGACGUCACGGUAACGCUGCUGCCGCUGGUGGACAGCGAGAGGAAGCUGCUGCACGUCCACUUCCUGUCUGCUCAAGAGAUGGGCAACGAGGAGCAGCAGGAGAAGCUGCUGAGGGAGUGGCUGGACUGCUGCGUGACAGAAGGAGGGAUGCUGGCCGCCAUGCAGAAGAGCUCUCGCCGGCGUAACCACCCUCUGGUCACCCAGAUGGUGGAGAAGUGGCUGGACGGAUACCGCCAGAUCCGCCCCUGUGCCUCUCUGUCCGACGGUGAGGAAGAGGAGGACGAAGACGAGGAGGAACACAGCUCUUUAAUCUGAGACUGGACACUGUAGGCUCUGGGAGAGUUCCUACCUUACUAUCUGUUUUUUUUCCUCUUUCUUUCUCCAACAUGUAAAUCUUGAACUUGUAAUAAUGCAUGUGAUGUGUGAGCUCCGUGGUAGAAAACAAAAGAAGAAGAGAUACCAGCACCGACAAACAGAAUCCUGAUUACUGCUCCUAUGAAAGCACAUCAAGUCCACUUAGUUCGCCUUUAAGAUUUCUCCUUAUGUGUUAUCAAAGUUAUAAUCACACCUGACAGAAAUACUAAGACAUAUAGGAACUGUAUUUAAGGAAAUCCUGAAGCUGCAUUUACAGACAUUUCAUUUACAGAACUGCCUGUCGCUUAAAACGGAGAGGAUGCUGAUGGCUGUGUGUAUGUUAAGGUUUAAAGAGCACCUGUUUUUCUUUCUCCUGAUCCCUCUGCAAACCCCUUCUGAUGUUUUUGGAUUUAUUUAUUUGUUUAGGAGAUUAAGCGUGCGGAGGCGAUACCUUUUUUGUUGUUGUUCCGCUCCGUUUUAUCCGUGUGAUCCGUUCAGUCUUGAAGUAUUUUAUUUUGCACAGAUGAAAACCUACAUUCUGUGAGGGAGGGGAGGGGGGGAGGGAAGGACGUACAAGUUUACUGACAUUUUUACGUGUGAAUUAGUAGCUCUUUGUCAUGUUAGUGAGUGGGGGGUGGUGAUGCCGGUGGGGAAAAGAAAACCAAACACUCUGCCUCUUUCUAUAGAGUGCAUUCAUAUUAAAUUUGACUCACUUGCAUCCUC